CUUUAUAUUCCACUUCUUCUCACCGUCAUCGUCAACAAUUCAACUAGCAUUGCUUCAAUUCUUCAAUGGCUGCCUUCAAGCUCAAUCCACCUUUCGAUCAUCGUCUCCAAAACCAAUCCCUCAUCAACAAUCAAACCAAAAACAAUUUCAGUUUACAGUUGAAGAAAACAGUUAAACCUUUUACAACAACAUGCACAACAUCAACGUCCAUAAGUAAACAGAUAGAAAACACCAUUUCUGUACAUGAUAAUCGACGAAAGAUGCUAGGUCCGGACAACUGGCCCGGCAUGCUCGAUCCCAUGGAUCCCGUCUUACGGUCCGAGCUCAUCCGGUACGGCGAAAUGGCCCAAGCUUGUUACGAGGCGUUCGACAACAACCCGUAUUCAAAAUACUGUGGAAGUUGUAAAGUUCCACCCAAGAACUUUUUCCAAGAUCUUGGGAUGGAUAGCUCGGGAUACGAGAUCACGAGCUAUAUUUACUCGAGCAACACGAGUAAUCUUAUUCCUAAGUUUUUUAUAAAGUCCAUCGACUCGGACGGGCCAUGGAACCCUAUGGUGAACUGGAUAGGCUAUGUGGCGGUCUCAAACGAUGAGACCACCACCCGGUUGGGUAGGCGAGACAUCGUUAUAGUUUGGCGUGGGACGGUCACGAAACUGGAAUGGAUGGAGGAUCUAAUGAACUUCCUCAAACCCGUUUCGGCUCAAAAGUUGGCAAGCCGAGACCCGAACAUUAAAGUCAUGGCUGGUUUUUUGCAUAUAUACACGGAUAAAGAUCAAAGUUGUCCGUAUUCAAAGUUUUCUGCGCGUGAACAGCUUUUGGCCGAAGUAACGAGACUAACGAAGAUAUAUGGACAAAAAGGCGAAAAGAUGAGCCUAACGAUAACCGGACACAGCUUGGGAAGUGCUUUGGCGACUUUAAGUGCGUAUGACAUAGCAGAAUCUGAGUUGGAUAAAGUCGACAAGAUGCAAAAGAUUCCAAUAUCAGUUAUAUCAUUUUCCGGACCAAGGGUUGGCAACAUAAGGUUUAAAAAGAGAGUGGAAGAGCUAGGAAUAAAAGUGUUGAGAGUCUUUAACAUCCACGAUACAGUUCCUAACGUGCCAGGGGUUCUUUUGAACGAACGCACAUCAACUUUGGUUCAACGUAUAGCCGAUUGGACCACGUUUUCCUACUCGCACAUCGGGGAGGAGCUCGCGUUGGAUCACCGUAGAUCUCCCUAUGUGAAAGAAAAGCUAGACUUUGUCUCUAUGCAUAGCUUGGAACUACUGUUGCAUCUACUAGACGGGUACCAUGGUAAAUUAGAGAGGAAAUUUUGGGUAGCAAGUGGAAGGGACAUAGCAUUGGUGAACAAGGAUGGUGACAUAUUGAAACAUGAAUAUUUGAUACCGCCAAAUUGGUUACAAGUGGAGAACAAAGGGCUUAGAAAAAACCAAAAAGGAGAAUGGAAGUUACCAGAACAAAGAAGCAUCGAAGAUCAUCUAACACCUCAUGAUGUUGAACUUCAUCUUAGGAAGCUAGGGUUAGCAUAGCCAAGCUAGCUUCAAAAAUUAAUACACCAUCAACUAUAACUUUAGUUAAGUUGUUUAUACCCAUUUGUUUAUUGUUUGUCUUUUAUUGGGCAUUUAUUAAUAAAGAAAGGGGAAUUUACGAAAA